AUGGACCUUUAUGAUCAACUGCCGAACAGCAAGUUGGCCUUUCUUCAAGAAUAUGCGGUUGUGCUGGAUUGUUUGAUAGAAAAACGAGUUACAGUAACUGAUCUGUUAACCCGUAGGCCGACAGAACUCGCAAGGAUAGUACCACGUUCAAUAAACGAGAUCGCGAGCUUUCAACAGGCCCUCAAAAAUGAGUAUGAAGAGCUUUUGUUCGGGCCAAAACGGUCUAGUCUAGCAGUGGUCCAAGAUUGCAUUCGAGAAUUCACAACUGGAGAUCGCGGGAUAGACGAAGUACUAGGUGGUGGAAUACGUACGCAUGGAAUCACUGAAGUUUUCGGUGGGAGUUCAACAGGAAAGUCCCAAUUUCUUAUGCAGCUGGCUUUAACAGUUCAGGUCUCAGUUGAGCAUGGUGGUUUGAACGGAAAAUGCGUUUUCAUCACUACAGAGGGCAGUAUCUCUACCAAAAGGCUUGAGGAACUCAUUGCAAACAAAUCAAAGCAGCUGCCGGGUUUUGAGCAGGUUUCUCAAGAUAACAUUUUCACCGUCAAUUGCAACGAUCUUGCCAAUCAAGAGCACACGCUCCAGGUCCAGCUUCCUAUUCUUAUUGAAAGAAAUCCAGAUAUCAAGCUUGUCGUAGUGGACUCGAUUUCACAUCAUCUUCGAGUAGAGCUCGAGAGGAGAUCGUUCAGAGAUUCCCAGGAUAAUCGACAUUACAUUGAUCAGAUGGCUCAACAUCUGCUGAAGCUGGCGAAUGAUUACUCUUUGGCCGUGGUGGUAGCUAACCAAGUUGGCGAUAAGCCUGUUCCUGAACCAUCUGCGGUCAAUUCCUCCCCAAAUGGCGAUUUCACUAGCUAUGGCUACCAAAUUGGUUGGACUGUCGGCUGGAAAGACUCUACCAUAUAUUAUCGCCAAGUACAAGAGGGUCUCUUAACAGACAGUGUCAAUAAAGCAAAACCUCAGCAGCGUGGCAACAUUGAAAGCAUUCUUUCUGAGGAUGAAGAUUACAGACUGGUGGCAGAAGCAGCAUUUGCCAGGAAACGACCGCGGGACGAAGAAAACACCAGCAAAGAGAGCAAUAGAAGUUCUUCGCCAUCAUUAGCCUCAGCCCGCACAGAAACUUCCACUUCACCUUUUCCGAAAUUUCUGCCAAUGCCGUUAAGACGCAGGCGCAAGGUGGAGACAAAGAUCCCCAACUUGGGUCUAUCGUGGGCUAAUCACCUUUCAGUAAGAAUCAUGCUUUCCAAGAUCUAUAGGGCUAGUCCCAUGAUUAGAAGGGGGGAACUGGAUCUCAAUGAAGUGAUGGAUACAAAUAACUUCUGGCAGGUGCAUCGAACAUUUCGGGUGAUUUUUUCAGAAUACUCCAAGAAACCAGAUGUGGAAUUCAUCAUCUCAUCUAGCGGUAUUGAAAGCAUCACUCAAGUAAAACAGAGCAAGUAG